AAAAAAGUCAACCCACCCAACCGGAGGGAGAUGAACAGCAAGUCAGCAAUCCAACAACAACAACAAUGGCGCGAAGAAAUGUUUACAACAGUCAACUCAUCUUCAUUUCUGUAACGAUUCUCAGUUUAUUAACAUCAUCAAUCUCUUCUGUUGAUAAUGUUAGUGCAGAAAACUAUGUGUUGACUUUGGAUCACACUAAUUUCUCUCAAGCUGCUUCCGAUCACAGCUUCCUUGUCGUUCAAUUUUAUGCUCCAUGCGAGAAGAUGCAUAAACUCCUGUGCAAAUACGUUGAAGAACUCGCCCCAGAGUAUGAAAAGGCUGCAUCAUUGCUGAGUACUCAUGACCCUCCAAUUGUUCUGGCAAAAAUGGAUGGUAGUGCGGAGGAGAAUAAAGAAGUUGCUGAUCGGUUCGAGGUAACGGGUUACCCUACCAUUGUGGUCUUACAAAAUGGGGGAAGAGACUUUCAUGACUAUGCAGGUCCUAGAGAGGCUGAUGGUAUUGUGAGAACACUGAAACGGCUCGUAUGUCCUCCGUCAACCGAAAUAAAAACUGCUGCAGAUGCUCUGAGCCUUAUCGAUAAAGAAAAGAUCUCGAUUGUUGGAAUAUUUUCUACAUUUUCUGGUGAGGAAUUCGAUAAAUUUACGGUCAUAGCUAACGAAAUGCUCUGGGAUUCUUGGGACUUUGAUGUUUUUCACACUACGGAUGCCAGCCUCCUUCCUCGGGGUGAAUCAUCUGUAACAACACCAACACUUAGGUUACUGAAACCAUAUGAUGAACUCUUUGUUGACUCCCAGAAUUUUCAAGUUCAUGACAUGAGGAAUUUCAUCAUAGAUGCUAGCUUUCCUCUUGUUGAGGACAACAACACACCUAGUGCGGUUAAGCAGUGGCUAUCGCAACUUUCUGACGAAGAGGUAACACUAUUCGUGGAUUCUGAUGAGCAUUUUAAUGUUUUCAAGAUUAAAUUGCAAAAUGUUGCGGCUGUAUAUAAACGCGAAAGACUAAGGUUCUCCUUGUCCGAUUUAAGGACUGAUGAAGAUGUCCUCGAGUAUUAUGGCCUGAGAUUUGAUCAAGUACCUCUCAUAAUCAUACACAGCGAUGACGGGUCACGCUACAUGAAAGCAAAUAUAAAGCCUGAUGAUAUUUCUUCUUGGUUAAAUGAAUAUAAGGACGGCAAGCUAAAGCGCUAUCUAAAGUCUCAACCGAUUCCUGAAACCAACAACGAGCCUUUAAAGGUGGUGGUUGCUGAUAGCCUUCAAGACAUGGUUCUGAACUCACAGAAGAACGUGUUGCUAGACAUCGAUGUGCCAUCUUGUGCACGGUUCAGAAAUUUUGCUGCCCUCAUACCCGAGAUUGCUGUUUUGUUUGAAAACGAUGAUGAUGUCAUAGUGGCGCGUCUGGAUGGAGCAACAAAUGACAUCCCCAACGACAUGUUCGAUGUUAGAAGUUGCUACACGCUUUACUUUAAGCCUGCAAAUGGAACAUUAUUACCAUACGAUGGUGCUGAGACGAAGGAGGACAUAAUCACAUUCAUUCGUGACAAUCGGCCCAUUCAUAACAUGUAUCUCAUGCCCCAAUCGGUCGAAUCAGUUACAGUUGAUGAUCGAUGAAUCAGUUACACUUGACCAAUGAAAUAAUCAAACUUUGUUGUUUUUACAAUUGACUAUCAAAACUAUAGCGUUAAACCUUUUCACCAACUUAAAUGUGUAAUACAUAUGACAUUAUUUCUUUAUAAAGAAUCAAGCAAAUAUAGUAAAUGUGGACAUAA